CCGUAGGCUUACAGUGUGUUCUGUUUUGUUGUGGAAUGACGUAGCAUGCCUAAUUUAAUCUUCCCAGCCAGCAGCCGAGACAACUUCCUCGUAUGGUAGGUAGUUUUAUUUUGGUCAGUCAGUGUGUCGAUUUCGGUCUGUGCUUUUAGAAUGUUGAGUCGACUCGGUGACCUGACAGGUGGAGACUGAGAAGCGCACAGGUGAACUGCCAUCGUUUACACGAUGAGCUACUACAGUGAUACGCCAAGUGUCGACGAUGAGUUGGAGUCGUUAGGAUGGUACCACUUUGACUUGUCCCGCCAUGCUGCUGAAGCUCUCCUCCUAUCCAAUGGGAAAGAUGGCAGCUAUCUCCUCCGAAACAGUCAUGAGGGUCCUGGCAGCUUUGCCCUCUCUGUCAGAGCCAAGGAUUCAGUUAAACAUUUCCAUGUGACACGGAAAAGCAGUGGAUACGCUUUUGGCUUCAAUGAGUUUGCGUCCCUCCAGGACUUUGUCAGCCAUUUUGCCAACCAGCCUCUGCUGGGCAGUGAGACAGGUACCCUCAUUGUCCUUAAAUACCCAUAUCCAUGGCAUGUAGAAGAACCGUCCAUCUACGAGUCUGUGCGGGUUCACACCGCCAUGCAGACAGGACGAACAGAGAGCGAUCUGGUGGCUAAUGCUCCAUCGUUUGGAACAAAGGAGGGCUAUCUGGUAAAGUUAGGAGCAGUCGUAAAGAACUGGAAGCAGAGGUGGUUCACAUUAAACAGAAAUGAGCUCAAAUACUUUAAGGACAAAAUGUUUGAUGAGCCUAUUCGCACCCUGGAUCUGACAGCAUGCUCUGCAGUCCAGUUUGACUACUCCAAGGACAGAGUCAACUGCUUCUGUUUGGUGUUCCCUGAGAGGACAUUUUAUCUGUGUGCCAAGAGUGGUGUGGAGGCAGAUGAGUGGAUCAAGAUAAUACGAUGGAAAAUGUCACACAUAAGAAAAGAAAGAUGACAACAUGAAGAGGAGGAGCCAAAAGAGGCAUUGAACAGUGAACUAAAUUACCCUAAGUCUGGUAACUUGUUAUCCUCAGAGAUCCUUUCUGCUCCACAGAUGACUGGCUGGUAACCUAAGACAAAAGACAAUGGGGCUCUUUGACCAUCGAAAAAUGACCAUGUAAUUUUCAGGACAUGCACAAUGUUUUGGAUCUAAUCAUAUUUUUUUGCGAUAGACUUGAGUUCCUCCAAGAAUUGUAUUUUCUCUAGAUUGAUAUCUUUCACUGGUUGACAUUCACUUUAUCUUAAUUUUACUUAACAAGAUGUAACAGUCAUACUGUGAAUAAAUAUUUAUUUUAAUAGAGAAAUGAGCAA